AUGAUGCUUAGCGUUACUUCUCUCCUGUUGCUGAGUCUUUGUGUGAAACACGCUUUCUGCUUUUCUGAAGCGAGAGUGCCAGGAGGCUUCAAUUAUCCGUGCGUACCAAACGAGGAACAACGAUUACUUUACGCGCCCAUUCUUCAAUCUAAACUGGUCGCAGAUGGAAUCGCGAACCCAAAUCCUUUUGAUCUAUUAAGCGUCUCUUCCCAGAUUGUCGCCGGAAAAAAUUACAAAUUUGUGGUCAAAUUCAUUGACAAUACUUGCAUGGAACUCAAAUUUUAUCAACCUCUUGGCGAAGAGCUACACAAGAUGCACCUAACCGGCGGCGAGACUGUUCCGUGCAUUCAACCUCUCUUGCCAUGUAGGCCAAUGUGA